GACUUUCACUGUCAAUUACUCCCAUACAUCGAUGUCCAUGUUUAGUGCUAAGAACUCCGCGCGGAGGGGUACUACAACUACAACUACCAAUUCGUCGCAGGAUGUUGCAUCUUCGAAAUCCUUCACUGUUAUUCCAUCACGCAGCAGUUCCUCUCACUCACCCGACAAUAGUUCGUCGGGUUUUACCUGGCAGGCGCAAUCUAAUGCGCACCAAGCUAAUCACAAUGAAGUUGCGACUUCUGAUUAUGCAAAAAAAUGUAAAGCUCUCAUGGAGCUCUAUCGAGCACUCCGGUCUAUGGGGUUAGAGCUCACUUCAUCAUUGACUCGCAUUCAUUCAUCAACCUUGUUAUCCCAUACAGAGCAGAAAUGUUCUUCAAUCUUCCGCAAAUUGCGGUCAUCGGCUCUCAAUCAGCUGGAAAAAGCUCCUUGAUCGAGGCAGUUUCCGGAAUCAGUGUUCCCAGAGAUAGUGGAAUAUGCACCAGAUGCCCUGUAGAAGUCUCUAUGAUUUCAUUUGUUGAGGAAUGGAAAUGCAUGAUUAAGUUGCGGAUUGAAUAUGAUCCUUCUGGUGAAUUACAGGGAAAUUCUACCUUGAUAGAGUUUUGUACUCUCUCCCCACCUGAUAGAGCAAAUGUCGACCUGUGGCUCCGGAGAGCCCAAGCAUCUAUACUUUGUCGCGAGCGACCCAUUUCAGACUUUCAGAUCAUGAGUUUGAAUGAGUUGAAGCGUUUGAAGCCUGGUGAAGGCUCUAUGCUUGCGUUCUCCAUGAACGUCAUACAAGUCCAGCUUGAGGACCCUGAAGCAACAGAUCUCACCUUCAUCGAUCUCCCAGGGUUGAUUCAAAAUGCAUCCCAAAGCGAGAUUUCCAUUGCACAAGACUUGGUCAAGAAAAAUAUUGAAGAAAUCGAGACUGUGAUUCUAGUUACCAUUCCGAUGAGUGACGAGAUGGAGAACCAAGAGGCUGUUCGAUUAGCAAAACAAGCGGACCCUUUGGGUGAUCGUACCAUUGGUGUCCUCACAAAGCCUGAUACCAUUACCCGUGGCGCUAUAGGGUCUCGCGAGCGCUGGAAAGAAGUUCUCCAGGGCAAGCUCCACCACUUUCACCAUGGGUAUUAUUGUGUCCGUCUCGCUGACGACGAAGAACGUGCCAAAAGAUUGUCCAGGUCACAGUCAGAGGUUCUUGCAACUGAUUUCUUUGCGAAAACAGAGCCAUGGAGCGGUUUCGUGGAUCGGAGUCGAUUUGGAGUUCCGAAUUUUGUCAAGGAUAUGAGCAAAUUGUUGUUGGGAAUGAUUGAAGCAAAUCUGCCUGAACUUAGGGUUGCGGUGGAUCAACUUAUUCUGGAGUGUUCAAAUGAUCUCGAGGCCAUACCUAUCGUCCCAACCAAAGAACCAUCGACUGAGAUUCUUCUUCGUAUCAGCGACUUCUGUAGAGAUGUGAUGCAGGCAGUGAUGGGUGAAGAUCACAAGUUCCUGGUUCAGCACAACAAACGUCACUACGAAACAUUCAAAGUGGCAAUCGAACGUACGAAUCCUGACUUUUGGCCUUUCAUUUCCAAAGAAGAUCAUGUGAAUCCAAACCUUCAUGUUCAAGGAGGAAGUGUCGGACCGUUAGACUUGGAAGAUGUUCGAAAGGAGAUUGCAGAAGCCUUGACGUGGGAGCUCCCUGGAACCAUUCCUUUUGACGCCGUCAAAAUGAUUGUCUUGAAGUCAACAACAAAGUGGUCGGCUUCCACGAACAAAUGUUUCGACUCUGUUUUUCAGACUACUAGCUCCGUUGUCGGGGAGCUCAUUGAAUAUCAUUUCAAGCAAUUUUCGAAGCUGGAAGCCUUGAUUAAAUCCCUUGUUCAUUUUGAACUCGACACUUGCAAAACAAGAGCUUUGGGUAUCAUUCAUAAGCUUCUUUCUCAUGAGAGUGUACCGCUGUACACCCAGAAUGAUUUAGAUCUGGCGACAGAGAAGAGCAAAUGGCUUUCAAAAUAUACAAAUGUAUAUCGAACGUCUGGCAACUAUCAUCUAUCCCGGAACCCACCACCGCCUCCCACAGCCUACAGUGGCGGAGCCUCCCAGCCUCGUCCUCGUGCCAUUCCUAAGGGGCGUUCCAGUUCACGUUCUCUUAGUACUUCGCCGGUGCGCCCUGCAUCUCCAUUGCAUACAUAUAACGAUGAGCUAUCGGUCAUGGCUACCGUGAGCGCCUACUUUCAGGUUGCUUCCAAACGAUUCGUGGAUCACAUCCCACUAGCUAUUGAACACGAACUUAAUCAAUUCUUUGCGGCGAAUGUACAUCAAGCGCUUCUCCAAGAUAUGAUGUCUGGAACUGAUGUUCCCGGGAGGUUGAAGGAUUUGUUGAGUGAAGAUGAGGGUAUAACUACGAGGAGGCAAUUUUUGAAUGAGAGGCUGACACGAUUGGAGGAGAUCCGCGAAAAGCUGUCUCAGUUCAAUACCUAAUGGUAGAUACUCUUCAAUAUUCAAUUCCAGAGGCCCGAGUCUGUUCGAGUUUGCUGUCCAUCAAUAAAUGUCCUCUCACAUAAUCCCUUUCACAAUUCUUGCUCUUGUAUGUACAUUGUACCAAUAUCUUGUUACCCUUACGUCGUCUCGUUAUCUCUGUUCCUCAACUUACCGUGGAACAAUGACAACAGCGAAACAAGUUCCCAUAUACACAUCAUUGACUCAAAGUUUUCUCUGUUAAUCUAGUGGACGAGAUGUUGCGAGGUCGAAAAAGAGAAUUUUCUAAAGUUUCAGAAGUUAGGACAGACUUGGAGUGUUGAGGAGGUGGAAGGAUGGAUAUUCAAGCUUUUCACAACCGAA